CCUGCCCCUACCCCUACCCCCUCCUCCCCGCGCCUCUGCGCCCGGGGUGUCAUUGGGCCCGAGAGACUCGGGCCAACUUCGGGCUGCUGGGAGGAAGCUUGUGCAGUCACCUGGGUGCAGGAGCGCUGCCGCCGCGGCUCUCCCGCUGCAGGGAGGGCGGCACUGGCCGGCCUGGAUGCGCUUGGAUGUUGGGGGGCUCCGCAGCAAGGGUGUCGCGGCGGUGGCAAGCGCUGCAACAGGUAGACGGCGAGCGACGGACCCCGGCCGCGGCAGCUAUGGAGACCAAAGGCUACCCCAGUCUCCCUGAAGGUCUAGAGAUGGAAAGGCGGUGGAGUCAAGUUUCUCAGGCUCCAGAACAUUCUUCCCUGGGUGCCACCGAAAGGACCGAUGAGAAUAACUACAUGGAGAUUGUCAACGUAAGCUGUGUUUCCGGUGCUAUUCCAAACAACAGUGCUCAAGGAAGCAGCAAAGAAAAACACGAACUCCUCCCUUGCCUUCAGCAAGACAGUAAUCGGUCUGGGAUUUUAACAUCCGAUAUUAAAACCGAGCUGGAAUCUAAGGAACUUUCAGCUACUGUGGCUGAGUCCAUGGGUUUAUACAUGGAUUCUAUAAGAGAUGCUGACUACACGUACGAUCAGCAGCACCUGCAAGGAAGCCUGAGUCCAGCAAAGAUUUAUCAGAAUGUAGAGCAGUUGGUGAAGUUCUACAAAGAAAAUGGCCAUCGUCCUUCCACGCUCAGUACUGUGAACAGGCCCCUGAGGUCCUUCGUGUCGGACUCUGGGAGCUCCAUGAACGGCGGGGUCUUGCGUGCCAUUGUUAAAAGCCCUAUCAUGUGUCAUGAGAAGAACCCCUCCGUGUGCAGCCCUCUGAACAUGACGUCUUCAGUCUGCAGCCCUGCUGGCAUCAACUCUGUGUCCUCCACCACAGCUAGCUUCGGCAGUUUCCCGGUGCACAGCCCCAUCACCCAAGGAACUCCUCUGACGUGCUCCCCUAAUAUUGAGAACCGAGGGUCCCGCUCGCACAGCCCUACACAUGCUAGCAAUGUGGGUUCCCCUCUCUCCAGUCCCUUAAGUAGCAUGAAAUCCCCAAUUUCCAGCCCUCCAAGUCACUGCAGCGUAAAAUCUCCGGUCUCCAGUCCAAACGUCACCCUGCGCUCCUCUGUGUCCAGUCCUGCAAAUCUCAACAACUCAAGGUGCUCUGUUUCCAGCCCUUCCAACACCAACAACAGAUCCACGCUUUCCAGCCCGACAGCCAGUACGGUGGGAUCCAUCUGCAGUCCUGCAAACAAUGCCUUCAGCUACACUGCUUCCGGCAACUGUACUGGAGCUGGUGCCACCCGGGAUGCAAUUCCCAGUCCAGACACGCACGAGAAAGGUGCUCACGACGUCCCUUUUCCUAAGACUGAGGAAGUCGAGAAUGCCGUCUCCAAUGGUGUGACUAGUCAGCUCAACAUUGUCCAGUACAUUAAACCAGAACCAGAUGGACCCUUUAGCAGCUCUUGUCUGGGAGGAAAUAGCAAAAUAAAUUCAGACUCUCCAUUCUCAGUACCAAUAAAGCAAGAACCAACUAAGCAUUCGUGUUCAGGCACCUCUUUUAAAGGGAAUCCAGCGGUAAACCCAUUUCCAUUUAUGGAUGGCUCAUAUUUUUCCUUUAUGGAUGAUAAGGACUAUUAUUCUCUAUCAGGAAUUUUAGGACCACCUGUGCCAGGCUUUGAGGGUAACUGUGAAGGCAGUGCAUUCCCGAUGGGGAUUAAACAGGAACCGGAUGAUGGGAGCUACUACCCGGAGGCUGGCAUCCCUGCCUCAGCCAUUGUUGGCGUGAAUUCAGGCGGGCAGUCCUUUCACUACAGGAUUGGUGCUCAAGGUACAAUAUCUUUAUCACGAUCAACUAGAGACCCAUCUUUCCAGCACCUGAGCUCCUUUCCGCCCGUCAGUACUUUAGUGGACUCCUGGAAAUCCCAUGGCGAUUUGUCGUCUAGAAGAAGUGAUGGAUAUCCGGUCCUAGAAUACAUUCCAGAAAACGUAUCAAGCUCUACCUUACGAAGUGUUUCUACUGGAUCCUCAAGACCUUCCAAAAUAUGUUUGGUGUGUGGGGAUGAGGCUUCAGGAUGUCACUAUGGGGUGGUGACCUGUGGCAGCUGCAAAGUCUUCUUCAAAAGAGCAGUGGAAGGGCAACACAACUAUUUAUGUGCUGGAAGAAAUGACUGCAUUAUUGAUAAGAUUCGGCGAAAGAACUGUCCAGCCUGCCGACUUCAGAAAUGUCUUCAAGCUGGAAUGAACUUAGGAGCUCGAAAGUCCAAGAAGCUGGGCAAGUUAAAAGGCCUGCACGAGGAGUCCCCCCAGCAGCAGCCGCCCCCGCCCCCGCCCCCCCAGAGCCCUGAGGAGGGCACCACGUACAUCGCCCCCACAAAGGAGCCCUCGGUCAACACUGCACUGGUCCCUCAGCUGUCCACCAUCUCUCGGGCCCUCACCCCAUCACCCGGGAUGAUCCUGGAGAACAUUGAGCCAGAAAUUGUGUACGCGGGCUAUGACAGCUCCAAACCAGACACCGCAGAAAACCUGCUCUCCACUCUGAACCGCUUGGCUGGCAAGCAGAUGAUUCAAGUCGUGAAGUGGGCAAAGGUACUUCCAGGAUUUAAAAACUUGCCUCUUGAGGACCAAAUUACCCUAAUCCAGUAUUCUUGGAUGUGUCUAUCAUCAUUUGCCUUGAGUUGGAGAUCGUACAAACAUACGAACAGCCAAUUUCUCUAUUUUGCACCAGACCUAGUCUUUAAUGAAGAGAAGAUGCAUCAGUCUGCCAUGUAUGAACUGUGCCAGGGGAUGCACCAAAUCAGCCUUCAGUUUGUGCGCCUGCAGCUCACCUUUGAAGAGUACACCAUAAUGAAAGUGUUGCUUCUCCUGAGCACAGUUCCAAAGGAUGGCCUCAAAAGCCAGGCUGCAUUUGAAGAAAUGAGGACAAACUACAUCAAAGAACUGAGGAAGAUGGUAACUAAGUGUCCCAAUAAUUCUGGACAGAGCUGGCAGAGGUUCUAUCAGCUGACCAAGCUUCUAGACUCCAUGCAUGAUCUGGUGAGUGACUUGCUGGAGUUUUGCUUCUAUACCUUCCGAGAGUCCCAGGCCCUAAAAGUGGAGUUCCCUGCGAUGCUGGUGGAGAUCAUCAGCGAUCAGCUGCCAAAGGUGGAAUCCGGCAAUGCCAAGGCCCUUUACUUUCACAGGAAGUGAUGGAAGAUGUUUUACCAGAAGAACUUUGCCUUAAGUUUCCCUGUGUUACUCCACACCCACAACAAGACUCAAGAAAUGAUGGUUGAUUCAUAUAUGUCGGCAGUCUCUCGAGCUUAAAAUCAUGUCAAGGGUUUGGAGCUGGGAAAGCCAUUUGACAUGGAGUUGGCAAGAUCUGAGCAGUAUAACGGACUCUUCCCUCUCCAGUACCCAGCGCUCAGAAACAUGUUCCUCUGGAUGAAAAGCCAUAUCUAGUUAAUAACUCUGAUUUUGAUAUUUUAACAGAUGGAAGUUUUAACUAUGCCAUGUAGUUUCCAGUAUCGUUUGCUUGUUUUAAAAGGGUUCAAGGACUAAUGAACUUUUUAAAGCUUACCUGUGGUUUGCACAUAAAACGUAUAGUCAAUAUGGGGCAUUAAUAUUCUUUUGUUAUUUAAAAAAACACAAAAAGAAAAAAUAUAUACAGAUUCCUGUUGUGUAAUAACAGAAUACAUGGCUUGGAAUAGCAGCCCUCUCUGGUAUACACACUUGUUAGCAUCCAUUUAUUAUUUAAUUAGAAUGGAUAAGAUGUUAAAACAAAUGCCUUGGUUUCAAUUUCUAGUACCUAUUGUGUUGGCUUUACAAACAAUUUUUUGCAGUCUUUUGCUGUGCUGUACAUUACUGUAUGUAUAAAUCGUGAAGGACCUGAAAUAAGGUGUAAGGAACUUUUGUAAAUGAGACACAUACAAAAAAAUUUAAUGGUUAAUAGGAUGAAUGGGAAAGUAUUUUUGAAAGAAUUCUAUUUUACUGGAGACUAUUUAAGUACUAUCUUUGUCUAAACAAGGUAAAAAUUUUCUUUUGUAAAGUGAAAUGUUCUGCAUGCAUAAUGAACCGUUUACAGUGUAUUUAAGAAAAAGGGAAAGCUGUGCCUUUUUUAGCUUCGUAUCUAAUUUACCAUUUUACAGUCUAUGUUGUAAAUAACCACACGAAAACCUCCUUGGUUGUCUUUAAGCCUUUCUACUUUUUCUGUACUUUGUUUUGUUCUUGGUCUCCCGCUUGGGGUGUUUGUGAGACUUGAGCACUUUUUUCCAGCUUCUGCUUCAUUCUACUUCCAUAAGGGGAUGACACACUGGGUGUCAGGGUGUCGGCAGCUCCUCGCAGGUGUCACUGGACAGCACCUAUGGGACAGAAAGUCCUGGGGGUGCUCAGCUCUUGGAAAGCUGCCUCUUUCCCCUAUUCCACAAGAAGCAGAAUUAGCUCUUGGAGGAGGAGGCUGGAAACUCCGCUCAGAGAGCACAAUUCUCCAUCCUUUUCAAAAAAUCUGAUUUCUCCUGUGGGGUGGGGGAAUUCCAUGCACUGUCUACAUCUGUCAGAGAUCAGAUAGUCAUUACUGCUGCUGGAAAGCACUUGGCACUCUUGGAACUGGUCGUCAGAACACGUAGAUCGUGGCAGGAAGUACUGGGACAAUCCAUCUUGGUAAAAGGUCUAUCAAAAUGGCGUGGAGACUGGAAGAUUAGAGGGUUUUUAGAUUUUUUAAAGGUAGGUUUUAAAAAUAAAUUUUAUACAUAAACAGUUUUGGAGAAAAAAAUCUGUAUUACUACAGAUCAUAUAAGUAAGACAGUGGCACUAAAAUUUUUAAUUCAUUAAUCUGUCUGGCACUGAUGCAAUUUAUGGCUUUUCUCUUGCCCUAAAUCACAAAUAUAGAUAUAAUAUAUGUAAUAUAUAUAUAUAUAUAUAUCUUUGGAGAAACUAACAAUAUGAUUGCACUAAACUACUUUGAAUAGAGGCCAAAUUAAUCUUUUAAAAGUAGUGAUGGUAGCCAUCACUUGCUCAGUGAAAUCACAUUUUCCAAAAGCUAAAAGCUGUUGCUCAGGCCGAGGCUGGGAGGAGUGCUCAGAUCAGCACUUCUUCAGGGUUCACCGUGCAGGCAACAUUACCUACCUUGUCUUUUAAAAGACACCUGCCUUAUGCAAGGGAAACCUGGGAAAGCGACACUUGGAGGAUUUUUCCUUACACAAGUUGCAACUUUAUGAAUUUAAUUUGUAGACAGAUCUUUACACUUGGUCAACUCACAUGCACAGCAACAUGAAGACCACACUCUCAAGGUGGUAAAUGCACAGCAUGCAGCUGGGAGUUUCUUAAAAAAGAAAUUGUUAUAAAAGCAGCUUUCAGUUCAGACAACUUAAAAAAUCGGGAUUUCAACUUUUUUUUAGGUGUUGGAUGAGACGGUCUGCAUCAGCUUUUUGUAUUAACAAAGUUACUGGUGACUUGUGUCUCCACGUAACUUUGCUUGAUUAAAUAGCAAAGCCAUAUUCUAAAUUCACUGUUGAAUGCCUGUCCCAGUCCAAAUUGUUUGUCUGCUCUUAUUUUUGUACCAUAUUGCUCUUAAAAAUCUUGGUUUGGUACAAUUCAUAAUUCACCAAAACUUCAUAUAAUUAAACACUAAAUUAGUUUAAAAUGAAGCAAUUUAUAUCUUUAUGCAAAAACAUGUCUGUCUUUGCAAAGGACUGUAAGCAGAUUACAAUAAAUCCUUUACUUUAAUCACC